UACAUUAUCUAUGCACAACCCCCCUCCCGUCUGCCAACAACGAAGUGUUUAUUUCAGAAUUUGUUUGAAAUUUUUGUAAAUAAUUCAAUGAAUAAAGCAGUAUAAGUUUGACCUUUCGACAUGUCGCGAUUUAACCGUUUUGAUCCAGAAUGGUUAAACUGGGCAGAGGAUCCUGUUGGAGUGACUGAAAACGCUAUAUUCCCAGCUCACAUUAACAAAGAUAACUAUCAGCCACGCACCUUGGUGGACCAGACUCUGGAGAUAGUGGAUCCAAUUCCAAACAUUCAUACUCUCUUUGUCCAAUUCAACGCUAAAUUCUUCAAGAACGUUUUGCUCCCCGUAGAAGUGAAAUGGAGUCCUCGAAUGACUUCAUGUGCAGGUGUCUGUACCUUCAGAUCAAGAAAUGCUCAGUGUGUAAUAUCUUUAAGUGCUCCACUGUUGAAACUCCGACCCAGAAAGGACCUUGUGGAGACCCUCCUUCACGAGAUGAUUCAUGCUUAUUUAUUCCUGACAAACAAUAAUCGAGACAGGGAUGGACAUGGUCCGGAGUUUUGCAAGCACAUGAACAGGAUCAAUGCAGCUGCUGGUACCAAGAUCACCAUCUACCACAAUUUCCACGAGGAAGUAAAACUCUAUCAACAGCACUGGUGGAAGUGCAAUGGCCCCUGCAGGCAUAGAGGGCCCUAUUUUGGAACUGUCAGACGGGCUAUGAAUCGAGCUCCAGGGCCUUCAGAUCGUUGGUAUGAAGAGCAUCGUCGAACGUGUGGAGGAACCUUCAUCAAAAUCCGAGAACCGGAAAAGAACUCAAAGGAUUCAAAGCAAACCUCGAAGAAUGCGAAGACUGAGAAUAAUAAAACAUUGGACAGCUGGUUCAGCCCACUUAGGGAUCAGAAGUCAAACAUUUCCCAGGGUCUCGUCAAGUUGGGCAAUAGCACCAACAAUGUUCAUGGAUUUGGAACCGGAGGACCAAGUUCUUCCAGUAGAAAGACUGAUAACUCACCCAUGUCUGGGCCAGCUAAAUUAGGAAAUAAUACAAAUAAUGUUCGUGGAAGGGAUACUGGUGGUCCUGGGGUUCCAACAUUUAAUGCUACCCCUAAAACGCCUUCUCAUCCGAGAUACAACGUUUCCGGUGUUGUUGGAGGGACAGGAAACUCUGGAAAAAGCUGUCUUUUGGAUAAAUUUUUAACACCACCUAAGACCAAAAAUGCAAUAUUGGACCUUUACACACCAGCGCCCAAGAGGCCUAGAUUUGAAGACCGAAAUCUUCAGAAAUGUCCAGUAUGUCAGAAUGAUUACCCUGAAGAAUCGAUCAAUACUCAUCUAGACGAAUGUCUGGAGGGUGGGGAUGCAGCUACUGGAGUAAAUCAACCCCAAGAUGUUGCCGGAAAUGAUGGAGGCCAAGUCGAGUGUCCAAUUUGCUUUGCUGUUGUUCUCAUUAUGGGGUUAGAAGACCACGUAGAGGCAUGCAUUUUAGGAAAAUCCACAGAAGGAACGAGUGCAGCUGGAUCUAGUGUCGUUUCGAAGGCCGAUCGAAAGAAAACUACGGGGGUUAACUCGAUCGAAAAUCGAGGAAGUGCUAUUAGUGGGGGUGAAAACCACGUGCGACCUCAAACUACUAAGAAAAGCGACGAAUGCCUCAUUUGUGGAGCUUUUAUUCCACCAGACAUAUCAUUAGAAGCACAUCUAGAUAACUGUGUGAAAAUUCGUUAUGGAGAUGACAGCGAUAAUGAUUCCCCUGUUGUUAAUCCUAAGAACCCCAGGGCGAAAGAGUAUCCUUGUCCUUUAUGCAUGGAGAUGUAUCCUGAAGAAGUCAUGAACGAUCAUCUGGAUCUCUGUCUGUAUGGAAAAAAAUGUUGAAGCGUCGAUUUUGCUUCCUGGACGAUUACAAACGUACCUGUAGGUAAACAGCAGAAUCGGUAGUUUCUACGUCCAGAGUACCCUUCAAUCCCCAGGUGGAUGCAGCUCUCGAAGGCAACAACACCCCAGAACUAACUUCCGUAUAAUACGAGU